AUGGAACUUCCACACCUCGGGAGGAAUUGUGCGCUCUCCUCCUGCAACCAACUCGAUUUCCUACCUCAUCGUUGCUCGUGUUGCCAUUUGUAUUUCUGCGAAGAGCACAAAGACAAAAUCGAACACGACUGCACGGGAAUUGAGGUGCCUUCAGCACAGAAUAAACAAUCAGAGCUGUGCCCGAUAUGUGAAAAGUCGGUCGUGUACGUAUUAAAUGAAGAUAUCAACGUGACAAUGGAAAAACAUAUGAAUUCAAAUUUCUGCGUGAAAAAGAAAAAACUGACCUGCCCGAUCGAAGGAUGCAAAGAAAAGAUAUAUGCAUCGAAUCAAUAUGAGUGCAUGAAAUGUCAAACUGUUUUGUGCUUGGCACAUAGACACGAGGAACACAGAUGCGAAGAGAUUCGACGGAGUCGGUAUCAACCGUUAGGAAAGCAAAAGACUCGCAAUAGCGGAAUGUUCAUGCGACACGCGUCGAAGAAAAGGGAAAAGAAGGGUGGUGGUGGAGUAACUUCUUCUCGCAGUAGCGCGCUUCCUUCUGCGACCUGCGAGGCGUGUCACAAGACUUUUCCGCAUAGGGCCGCGCUUUUAGCACAUAGAUGUUCUAGCAAGAAGAAGGGUAGUAGUAGUGGUAAUAGUUGCGCGGUGAGUUAA